CGUGACGUCACCGCCCUGCCUACCAAUGGCGGCCCAAGUGAGCCUCUCGAGCCUGCGGGGCGAGCUGUCAGUCAGGCGAAGGCCGUCCACACGAGUGCUUCAGAGCCUGCGGCGGGGGUCUCGCCGCGCUUAGCGAGGACGAUGGUCCGGGACCUGCUGCGGCCGCUCUGGAGCUCGUGAAGGACGCCGCGACGGGCCCCGGAGAGAUUUCAUUCAAAAUGUUUUCAAAACGGAGUCGGUCAGUACAAGCUGUGUGUACACUCCUGAGCAUUUACUUCUCUGGAGUUUCAGAUGGACUUGUGAAGCCAUGUGGCUCUAUCAUUCCAGAGUCCCCAGUAAUUCCUAUCGGCUCCAAUUUUACCGCAUUCUGUAUUCUCAAUCCGCUUUGUAAGGAGUAUGGUGAUAUUGAUGCAGAUCGAGUUAUUUGGAAAAUGAAAACAGUGACUGUUCCAAAAGAACAAUAUAAAGUAAUAAACCAAACUGUUUCCAGUGUAACGUUUAAUGACACCUCUACAUUGGUUCCUCCUCUGACCUGCAACAUCUUAGUAGCAGGAAACAUUGUGCAGAACAUCUAUGGAAUACAUAUUCAGUUUGGCUGGCCUCCAGAUAAGCCUGAAAACUUGAGUUGCAUUACAUACCAAAAACAGCGGAAUCUGUUUUCUCUAACGUGUACCUGGGAACCUGGAAGGAUUACAUUCCGAAAUACCACUUAUUAUUUAAAGUCUCAGUGGUUUCACAUGCCAGUGGACACAAAUUGUGAUGGACAGCCCACAGACAAUCAAACGCAGUAUCGGGCAAGUGAUGUAUGCACUGAUUGCAUAUCCAUCACGAACUACUCGUGUAGCUUGCCUCAUCCUGUAUUCUUUGUUGACCUGGAACUAUGGGUGGAAGCCAAGAAUGACCUUGGGAUGGCUAAAUCUGAACCCAUUGUGGUUGAUCCUGUAAACUUUGUAAAACCUCUGCCUCCACACAACCUGACCACCAGAUCUCAUAUACCUGCCACUGUUGUAAAUCUGUCAUGGGAAAACCAGUUUAGAGAACCACCACUGUUGCUGAAAUUUAACAUUCAAUACAAGAUCACUGGCAGUACGUACUGGAAUGAGAUUCCUCUUGAAGACACAGAAUCAGAUAGAACUGCUUUCAAUAUCCAAGGACUCCAGCCAUAUACCAAAUAUACGUUUCGGAUACGUUGUGCUGUUUAUGGCAGGCCGGGGUAUUGGAGCGACUGGAGUAAAGAAGUAGUUGGCAGCACAGCUGAAGACGAACCAUCUAAAGGACCAGCAAUCUGGAAAAAGAUCCAUGCUGCUCAGUCACCAGAAGACUGGACUCUAGUGCUGUCUUGGAAGGAGCUGAAUCCUUCUGAAGCCAAUGGAAAAAUUGUGUGGUAUAAUGUAAGCAUUAUAGGAAAGCCCCCGUCUUCUUUUCCACCUGAAUCCUACAAUGUGAAUACCACUGAGCUGACUCUAAAUGUACAAAAUGGGACAUAUGAAGUAAGAAUUACAGCACAUAACAGUGUUGGCAAAUCACCUCCAUCAGUUUUGUUUAUCCCAGCAAUCAAUUCAAAAGCUCCUGUAAAAAAUGUUAAAGCACAUCCUGAAAAUGGCGAGCUCUGGGUAGAAUGGACAGCUCCCAAAGACGGUGUUGUUAAGUAUAUCAUUGAAUGGUGUGAUCAGUGUGACAACUUUACUGAAUGGCAACAGGAACCUGGAACAACACAGAGAGCAUCUUUGAGAGGACACCUAAAGCCAUUCGUAUGUUACUUAAUAACUGUGUAUCCGUUAUAUGCUAAUGGUCAAGGAGAGGGACAAUCAACACAAGCAUACCUUGAACAAGAUAUUCCUGGAAAAGGUCCCACUGUCCAGACAAAGAAACUUGGGAAACAUGAAGCCACUUUAGAAUGGAAACCUCUCUUGAAGGAAGAACAGAGAGGGUUUAUCAAGUACUACACUAUCUCUUACAGAAUCGCAAAUGGGAAUGAAACAGUUGUUACUGUCGACCCUUCUAAAACGGAGUACAAGCUGUCCUCUUUAAAAAGUGAUACUUCAUAUAUAGUAGAGAUGAGCGCCUACACGGAUAAAGGGGGAAGAAGUGGUUCCCAGUUUACGUUUACUACCCAGAGAUUUGGGGAUGGAGAAAUUGAAGCAAUAGUUGUCCCUGUAUGUCUGGCAUUCCUCCUAAUUACUCUCCUGACUGUAUUAUUUUGCUUCAACAAACAAGAUGUCAUCAAGAAGCACAUCUGGCCAAAUGUGCCUGAUCCUUCAAAGAGUGUAAUUGCUCAGUGGUCACCACAAACACCAUCUAAGCAUUUUAAUUCCAAAGAGCAGAUAUAUCCAGAAGGGAGCUUUACUGAUGUCAGUGUGGUAGAAAUAGAAGCUGAUGACAAGAAGUCCUUUUCGGAACAGGACUUGAAGCCUUUUGACUUGCUUAAAAAGGAGAAAAAUGCCUCUGAGGGACACAGUAGUGGAAUAGGAGGGUCCUCCUGCAUGUCUUCUCCUCGACAAAGUGUUUCUGAUAGUGACGAAGGUGAACCUGCACAAAACACUUCAAGUACUGUACAGUAUUCAACUGUAGUGCCCAAUGGCUACCGAGACCAAACACCUUCAGUGCAGGUCUUUUCUAGAUCCGAGUCUACUCAACCCCUGCUGGACUUGGAAGAGAGGCCAGAAGACCCACAAGUUUUGGGAACUGACAACUCAACACCAAAGCAUCACUAUUUCAAACAGAAUUGUAAUCCAGAGGAAACUGCCAUGGAUGAGUCUCAUCUGGAAAGAAUAAAGCAGAUUUCUCCAAUAAACGAGGAAGAUGUAGCUGGACUUCAGGCCCCAGAAACUUGUGGCUCUGGGCCAGAGAGGGGGGAACAGGGAGUUGCCUUGGGUGCUUUCUAUCCCAGCCCUAAGGGGCCCGCUCUGCGGAAUGAAACCAUGCGCAUAGAUACAGUGACAGAAGAAGAGAUGCCAAAAUGUUAUCUACCACAGACUGUAAGGCAGGGUGGUUAUAUGCCCCAAUGAGGAGAGACUGCUUUUCAUUUAGGCCUCCAGUAAAACUUGUUAACAUCAUUGAGUCUGAUAAGUUAAACUAUUGUGUCUUUUACAUUUUUGCUUCGGAUGAACUAUUCAGAGUCGCUCUUGGGAGAAUAUCUGUUACAACAUGAGUUUGAGAAUUUUGGCUGGAAACCUCUGACUGCCUUCUCAGUUUUAUUGGAAUAUUCCUUUAAGCACUACAUCUUCAUCAGAUAAAUCUGUUGCCUUUCAGGUUUUGUCCUGUGGUAUCUUGGUUCAUUUUAAUGUAGAAUUAAAGACUACCCUCAAAAGCAUAACGAUGGUGACUGACUGUGAAUACCUCCUUACCAUUAGAUUAUGAAGAGAUCAGACUAUUAUAUUAUGAAUGCUCUCUGUUCUUUAAGAUAGGGUAUUUGUUUUUCAAAAGGCAGUAUUUUAUCUUGAAUAACUGCCCUUAAAAAUCAUCCAGAGACCAAAACUUCUGCCCCAGUGGCUUAAAGUUAAACCCAAGUAUUAGGCAUCUCACAUAUUCCCACAUUUUACUGACUAGAAGACUCCGUCCCCCUCCCAUUUUUUACACUCUCCCUCCUAGGGGGAGGAGUUGUGGGGGGGAGAAGGUGUGGUAAGGGUAUGGAAUACUAUCUAAUUAAAAUAAUUGUGUCAAAAUGCUUAAUCGGCACUGGUGCAACUCGCAGUUUUUCAUGUCCUGCCUAUCUUCUGAUCUGAGCCCCAUGAACUGAAGUUUAAAAUGUUUUGACUUUAAAAGGUUUUUAAUUAUCUGUCCUUUUGAUAUUUAAAUUCAUAUAUGGACACAUCUUUUGUUUUUACUUUUCACCAGCUUAGGCGCCAGUGAAGUAAACAUAUUUAGAUGAAUAUUGUAUAAUACAGUUAUAGGCAAACAUAGAUUCAGGGGGAAAGCCUGCUUCUCUGCCACCAUUACCUGACAUUAUGGAUGCCUAGGGAAAGCCCUCAAGAAAACCACAGAGCUGUGGAGGUUCCUGAAGGACUAUGAAGAACCAGAAAGCCUUAACAUCUUGUAUGGUGUAUGUGUCCAACCUCAUUAAAAUAUCCCUUGAAAGCUCAUUUUAUGUUUAUCACGGAAUCAUCCAGGUCACUUGGCUUCCUUCCUAUAAAUUGACUGAAUCCAUCUGUUUCACUUUAUACAAUGCAUUAAUAAGCAGAUUCUGAAGUUCAGAAACACUACAACUGUUCAAAGAGAAAUAAAGGGUAAUUUGAUUCUACAGCAGCUUUAAUGAUGUGUGAUUUGUAGCUUGAAAGUAUAGUCGUUAUUGCUUCCUGAGCCUGUUGCCCAAUUAUCAUUGGUGGCUGUGUAGAACCCUGGUUGGUCAGUCAUGCUGUCAUGUCAGAGGGGAUACCUGUAUACCCUUUGAACAUCUUCAGAGGCUUUCAUCUACCAAACUAUUUCAGUUGCUGCUGUGUCCUUUUGCUCAUAGAGAAUGGUGACUUCUGUCAUAACCUUGUUAAAUUUCUUUCAUAUUGUGAUUUACUUACUAUCCAGCUGCUACUGAGGCUCCUUAAUCCUACUUGCAUGUGUCAUAGUAAUGUUUCAUACAGUGUUCUAGAUGUGUAAUGAUUGCUGAGCUUGCCAUUUAGUAUGUAAUGCAUUUGUGAGCUUGUCUUCUCAAAGCAACCCUUCAAAUUUGCCUUUUCCUCUCAGGGGUCUUUUUGACUAUUCAUAGUUAAGGACAUAAAAAUCUAAUUGCUAAGAAUUUUGCCAGGGUCUAUGCAGGACAAUUGCUAAGAACUUGUCCUGCAUAGACCCUGGCAAAAUUAAGUUCUCAUUUGCAGGACUGGGAUGAAUUGCACCCAUAGUGUACAGGGGAAGGCUCGCUAUGUAAAAGACCAGGCUAUUUCCUUUUGGGGGGAAUUAUCUUGGUAUAUUAUAAAACUUCCUAUUUUCUUCACUUUUUAACCUGACUAUUUACCACAGUGAAAAGCCUCAAGCCUUGCUUCCAAGAAGUAAACAUUUCCCCAGAUAAAUUUAGUAUCACGAGUAUCAGUAUCCAAUAUAAUGCUAUAAUCAUCUGUCACAUCAAGAUAAUGAGCCCUUUCUCACGAGCAAUGAGAAAGGGCAAGAGAAGAGGGUUAGCCGGGAAGAAGCCCUAAAGAGCUUACCUCCCCGUAGACAAGCAAUGGUGUCCUCUUUGACGGGUGGAUCGCCCGCUCAGACAACUACCGGCUACUGCCAGUAACUCGGAGGGCCAGGGUGCUGGGAUGUAUCACCCUGGCCCCCCGGAGUUCCAAUAAUGCACUGUGCAAGUGCAUUAUGGGGAGCCUUCCUCCUAUCCCUGAGAUCUCAGUCUGCCAGCUGUGGCUGCAAGCAGCCACACCUGGCAGAUGAUCACGGAAAUGGGGUUAGGAGAGCGCUCACUCUCCUAACCUCAUUUUGGAAGGUGGCUGCUUAGGCGGGUUUGGUGCUGAGGCGCCACCUAGAUGGGGCCCGAUCCCGGCACUGCACACAUGCAGGCAAAACUGGACUGGGCUCCUUUAGCCCAGUUUUGCCUGCACAUGUGAAUAGCUUCAACCUUUGUGGUACUGUCCAAAGCCCUUCUUACACAGAUCUGGCCAGAGUUUUUCUCAAGCACUUCUAAUUCAGGAAAUGUAGAAAAUAUUAGCACACAUGAUUUGCUUUAAAAAUCAAACUUUACUUUCCAAAUUACUUUGAAGCAAACUAAAGCUAACCAACAUCUAUUUUCUGUUUUAUUUAAACAAAUCUGCAGUGGCGAGUUUCAUUCAGGUGCAUUGGCUGAAAGUUCUUGUUCAGCCUUUUCGAACUGAUUUAUCUGUGUGACUAGACUACAUCUUCCUAUCUGUAGCCGUCUUAUUCAGACAUUGAACACGCAUAAAAUGAGUGGGCAGUCUACAAAGGUAAGGAUGUGUACACAGAUACAGAUACAGUUCUUCACAGAUUAUGUUGAACUCAAGAACAGUAGUACACUUCCUAUCUGUACCUUGCAUUUGAGGGGCCUGUACCCAGUUUCAAAAUGAACACAGGUACAGUCAUUCCCACAAAAAAUACGUGCCUUCAUUCAGAUGCCUAUACACUCAUACAAUGCAAUGUCUGAAUAGGGCUCAUGUGUAAUUCAAAACUUAGAAUUCUCAUGUGCUCCUUGCCUGGGAACCUAAGUAUCCAGUUCCCUCUUAAAGAGUCUCUAUGCAAUAUGAGGCAGAACGUUAAUUCUGUCUUGGCACUUCUUUGUGCCAUACUUAGAAUUUAAGGGGGAGGGUCAAUUCAAAAUCUGAAGCGGCAAUCCUAGGCACGCUUCUUAGGGGAAAUGUCCCAUUGAAAUCUGGGACUUCAGAGUAAACCUGCACAGGAUAGUGCUGUGGCAUUAUUGUUGUGCUUACAUAGCAAAGUUUAUUUUAAAUUAUAACUUCUAUAAAAGCCAGAGAUGUAAACUAGUAGGUUCCUCACAUACUAGAAAGUUAGCCAAAGGGCCAAUCAAUGAUGACCAAAAAAUGGGUAAGUACCUACUAGUGGGCUGCAGGAAUCCUGUGGGUCGGUUGCCAGACAAAAGGUUUGGAAACAAUCAUGCAGUAAAUUAGAAAUGGCAGACUAAUCUCAAAUGAGUUGCUGUGAGUUUGUCCCUCACUAAAACCUGUAAGGCCUUUCUAAAAUUGUUGGUUCAAUUGCACAUUUUGUGUUUAACCUAAUCUUGCUAACAUUCUGUACUUGUAAGGUAGCUCUCAGGUUUUUUCCCUAUUUGUCACAUUAAGUUAAGGAAAACAGUAGAUUGUGGAAGUUUCUCUUUAAAUUAUGGCACUUCUCUUUGCUGUUAGUUUGCAUUUCUAAUCUCGAGACAUAGGCUAAAUUUCCCACUUGACUAUAUGAAAUGCUGAUUCGUGACACCAAAACAAUCUUGAACAGUGCUUGUGUCUUCCAUUGGCUGCUUCAUAUCAUAUCACUGUAUCCAAAGAGUAUGUUGCCAGUUAUACUGCACAGUGGCCAACAUUUUGUGCAGUCUAACCUUGGUGGUAGAAAGCUGCUACAUAUCUCUUUAAAACAGUAUGUGGGUACUUGCUCACACAUUAUUUUUAGGAGAACUCCAACAGCUCUGGGGAUGCCUUCUGUGCUCAUAACAGCCCUGGCAGUUUCCUAAAACUGAGGUUAGACUGCAGAGAAUGUUGACCACUGUUUUUGUGACUGACGUUUUCCUCUUCUUCAUAUACUUCUGUGUAGGCAGCGCCCCCACCUUUAUAGAUAUCCAUCCAGCCCAAUUAAAAGUCAUAUACUUUGUUACUUUAUCACUUCAAAACUAUGCAUCUAUCACUAAGCAAAAUGCUUAAGCCUUAUUCAGGGUUUGAUUGCACGUCUGCUUGCUUCAGCCAUUCAUAGCUACUCACUACAGGCACUAUCUUUGUAUCUGAGUAGCUAGUGCUGCUAAAUUAGAACCUCUCUGUCUUUGCAGGUGGUGUGCAGUAUUCUGUGCCAAAUAGGCUGCAAUAUUAUAGGGUAUUGCUUGCUUCUCCCCAAACUACCUCUUUAUUGAGAGGUUACUUCAGUGCCACUAGAAUUGUUCCAUACCUGAGAUUUGUUUUAAUAGAUAAAUGUCUAGUGCUAAGAGCAUGAAAACAGGUUCUCCCUACCAGUGGUCCAAACAGCGAUCCCAGCCCCCAAGGAAACAGUUACUUUGAAAAGUAAGAUUUGGCCAAGGGUCUGGCCUAGGAGACACCUUCCACUUCCUCCCUAGUUAUUGUGGAUUUUAUCUCCUUUUUGCCAGCCAGAAUAUGCAAAGUCAAGUCAGGGAAGCACAAAGGAGGCCCAUUACAGGUCUUUCUGUAUUUGUCUCAACACAAUUUGUGUUGUGUUACAAUUUAGUGAUCUCCCUCCAUCCUCCCCCUCUCAGCAACAAAAGCACGCUGCUAUGGAAACACAGCUUUCAGUGAUGCCUGGCUAAUUCCCAGAUAGUUUUUCCUGGAAAGUGGCUGUAGGUCAGAUGAUAGUCAGUUUGGCCAAGCACUACCGUGCAGCCAACUGGGAGUGUAGACAAACCCGUGGCUUUUCUUGUAUAGAGAUGCUAGAUACCUGUAAUCUCUGUAAAGGUGCAUGUUUACACCAGUAUAUAAAUUCAAUAAACAAAUAAAUAAAUGUUAUGGACACGUUUUGAAAACUAUACUGCUGACAUUUGUAUUUGUAACGUUUCAAUGUCUUCCUUUACCUUACCAAACAAUGUACAUGUAUGUUGCUUUUAUAGCUACUCUACAAAUGAUGAAAGAACCCAUUAAAAGAAACUAUCUUUAUUUUA